AUGGCCAAUCCUGUGCAGCCUCAGUUUCCCCCAGCCCGGGAGCCAGGCACUGCCUCGCCCACAGACCUGCCGGAGAUGGAGAAGCUCCUCACUAAGGUGGAAGGCAAGCACGACAAGCCACUGAAGCUGUCCAAGUCCCUCUCGGGGGCCUUGGACCUGGAGCAGAAUGGCCAUGGCCUGCCCUUCAAGGUGGUGUCAGAGGGGCACCAGGAAGCCACACUCCCCUGGUCACCCUCUCGAGCCAGCUCUAGGCGGGCAUCCUCCGUUGUCACUGCCUCCUCUGCCCAGGACCAAGAAGUCCCAAGAGAUUACCUCAUCCUUGCCAUCACCUCCUGCUUCUGCCCCGUCUGGCCCCUCAACCUCAUCCCCCUCAUCUUUUCUAUCAUGUCUCGAAGUAGUGUGCAACAGGGGGACCUGGACGGGGCCCGGAGGCUGGGCCGCCUGGCCCGGCUGCUCAGCAUCACCUUCAUCAUCAUGGGAAUCAUCAUCAUCAUUGUGGCCGUGACCGUCAAUUUCGCAGGCAGCCUGGCCCACCCCCCCCCACCAGGCCUAACCCCUUGCUGCCCCAGCUCCGUCGUGGGUCCAGCUGCUGGCUGCAUGAACACAGCGGUCCCCCAGCUCUGGAUGCAGACAUAG